CACAAGUGCAUCAGUGCAUCUGAGCUCAGAUACAACACAGACCUCUCCACAUACAACAUGCUGAAGCUGGUGGUGUUGUCUUGCUUGGUGGCGGCCGCAGCAGCCGGCGCGCUCUUGCCGUACGCGGCGCCCCUCGCCUACACGGCGCCCCUCGCCUACUCCGCACCCUUCGCCUACUCAGCGCCCAUACUGGCCCCCUACGCCCCCAACUACCGCGGCCCUCUGUCCCUGGCGCCCGGCCAGCCCGCCAACAUCCUCGGAGCCGACGGCAGGCCCCUCGACACCUUGGACGUGAACCUGGACCGCUCCGCGCACUACACCGCCAAGGCUUUGGACAACGCCGGCCUCCACAUCUUGAAGAAGCGCUCCGCUCCCCUGAUCGCGCCCAUCAGCCGUGUGGCGGUCGCUGCUCCCCUGGUCCACAGCUACGCCGCUCCCUUGGCUUACUCCGCGCCCGUCUACAGCUCCCGCCUGGCUGUGGCUCCCAUCAGCUACGCCGCCCCCUACGCUCAAUACUGGAAAUGAAGAACUUAGUCCACUGAUCAAUUAUAAAUAAACCGACUACCAAUUAAA